AUGGAGGGGGAGAGGACAGGGGGUGAUGUGGUUGAUGGAGGGGGUGAGGACAGGGGGGGUGUGGUUGAUGGAGGGGGUGAGGACAGGGGGGGUGUGGUUGAUGGAGGGGGUGAGGACAGGGGGGGUGUGGUUGAUGGAAGGGUGAGGACAGGGGGGGUGUGGUUGAUGGAGGGGGUGAGGACAGGGGGGGUGUGGUUGAUGGAGGGGGUGAGGACAGGGGGGGUGUGGUUGAUGGAGGGGGACAGGGGGGGUGUGGUUGAUGGAGGGGGUGAGGACAGGGGGGGUGUGGUUGAUGGAGGGGGUGAGGACAGGGGGGGUGUGGUUGAUGGAGGGGGUGAGGACAGGGGGGGUGUGGUUGAUGGAGGGGGUGAGGACAGGGGGGGUGUGGUUGAUGGAGGGGGUGAGGACAGGGGGGGUGUGGUUGAUGGAGGGGGUGAGGACAGGGGGGUGUGGUUGAUGGAGGGGGUGAGGACAGGGGGGGUGUGGUUGAUGGAGGGGGUGAGGACAGGGGGGUGUGGUUGA